GAGGUAGCAUCCACAAGUCGGUUUCACUUCGGGUGUGGCAAGACCUGUCCAUUUCUUUCCUUUUUUUGCGUAUUCAUACACAUGUACCUGCGCAUUGUCUUGAUUUACCUCGACUGUAUUUUAUAUCGCCACUUUUUCUUUCUCUUGUGAAGAUCGGAGGCACUCGAUAAGCGGACAAAGGCGAAGGAGAACCGACAAAUCGCACGAUUAACGGAGUAAUUAGGGGAAUCAGCGAGUGAACUUGAGGUUUUUUUUCUUUGAGAUUCAUCUGCUGCUGAAGGCAUUGAAUCGUUUCUUUUGAGGAAAAAAAAUGUAACGGAGAGAAUUGAGGAAGUGAUUUUAUACCCAAAAGGAGUGAGAGCUAGGAUCAGUCGUGAUGGCUUGCGCAAAAAAUUAUUUAGACUCUUUGAGAGUAGUAAUUAAUGUGAAAUGAUGAAUGGUGCUGUUAUUAAUGAUAAUAAUUCAUUGCGAUCGUUAAAUCGGCUGAAAAUCCCGGGCAGAAAUUCAUUUCGAUAAAUGGCUGAUUCACCUAAAAUCGUCAGUUAUGUAAUUAGCUCGCGGGUGAGCUGAUGUACAUUGAAGAAGAAAAAUUGAUUUGGCCAAAAAUUAAUUUUUUAUGUGAAGAAAGGGUUUCAAGAUUUUUUUUGUGAAUAAUCAUGAAUGAGCUCACAUCAUUACUCUAUCUGAAACAGCCAUAUAUAAAUUCCAAUGUUAAUAAUCGUUAAUGGAGUCAAUGCAAAAAAUUAUUCUUCCACUAAUGCAAUCGUAUAAUAAAGUCAGAAUUAAUUAUGUGAUUGAUCUGCAGUUUCUCAUGUUGUCUGAAUGAAUAAAAAAACUGGAGCAGAAUAAUGUCAGAUUCUCUAUGAGAUGAAGAAUAAUCGUACAACAUUUACGCAAUAAUUUUUCACUAUUGAAGAGAUUAUUUUGAAAAAAAAAAAUGAUGCUCUCUCAAUCAAAACUAGUAGUCCCCGGACCCGUAAAAAUGACGGGCACUAAAACUAAACGACUGACAGUGGAAAAUCACCUCCUAAAUCGCCCACGACUACCGGGAUUUACACGCGCGAAUAAAGAAAAUGUGAUCGUGAGAACAAUCUCAUAAAAAAGUGAAGAGAAAAAAAUACAAAAAUUACAAUGAUUAAUUGAAAGUGAAAGAAUGACAUGAUACGACACAAAAAAAUGGAGAGAAGGAAUAGUGUACGCUCCGAUUGUUACAUGGAAUACGUAAGAAGUCUCUUUCGCUCAUAAGGACCCAUAACGCAUAUUCAACUGGAAUUGUGUCUCGCAGUCCGUAACGGCAAAUGCAGACACAUCGAACGCGUCUGGAUAACACAUCGAGGAGGGAAAAGAGAAGGCAAAGUGGGUCUGCGUCCUUUCCAUUUCCCUCCUACUAUGCAAUGAAAUCUCCUCCUUAGUCAAGUCCGAGGUGGCCGUGCCACUGGCUGGUGUAUGUGGAAGAAAGAGGGCCCCAACAACAUUAAACUCAAUACUAAGGCCUCGUCGAAGUUCUCGGGGUCUCAGUUUCCGCGUGGACUUCAGACAAGCUGGAGUUCUAGUUCAGUUUGUGGAAUACAUUUGAUUGAUUCGGUUGAGUUUUGUUUGUGAAACAUGUCGAGGAUUUACUCUGUACACUUUACUCUGAUAUUGGCAGUCCUCCUGACAAGAUGGAUGGUCCUGGCCUCAUCAAAUACAACCACCGAGAUGCUUGAUGAUGACGACGACGACCUAAAUAUGGACUUUGAGACCUUCAAAAGUACGAUAAAACGGUACAGAAGACUAAUACCUUACAUAAGCCACUACGUUUCGAGUAAUAAUGUGAAUCAAGGGAAUCACUACGAUGGCAAUACAGACCAUUCCCAGAGGUAUAUUCAUCGGCCAGAUACACUAAGAUCACCAGGACACGUAACCACCCUCGUUAAACAAGAAAAAUUUGUACCUUCAGUUCAAUACGAUCCCAAAGCCAUAGGAGGUGAUAACGAUUACUUUACACCACUACGAUACAUUAAACCGACACACGAUGAGUACUACAGGGAUUACGAUCGCAGGCCCGUUUAUCAGGCUGAGGUAACGACCCCCACAGCCCUGGAGACAAGAUAUUACCAGCAAGAGAAGAAAACCCCAACUAAUAAUCCCUAUGUCUCACAUCACAAACAAAAAAUACCGAAUAUCUAUCGUGAUUAUUUUCUCGAUUAUCAAAGACCAAGUCCAGUUGCAAAUCAAGGAAAUGAGGAUUAUUAUCCAGUGGAUGAUUUUGAGUCUCUGAAAUACGUCAAGAUCGAGCCACCCCGUGCCCACAAACACCAGCACUUGCCUCAGCCCCAACCCCUCAGACUUCAACCUCUUCAUCAACGACGCCCAAUCUACCAUCCAACAACACCAGUCGUCAAUAAUGAAAACAUUCUUAAAAGCUUGCAACUGACGAAUCAGCUACCCGAGAUGUUGAACAGAGAGAACAUUGAUGCAAGUCUGAAGACACUGGCUGAAAUAUUGAGUCUCCUCCAAGGCACUAAGAAACCCGAUAGUGCACCAUCACAUUUGUCAGAGCCCGUUGUUCCUACGAAUGUACAAAGCUACAGUGAUACGAAGGAUCACUAUAAUGUACCAAAAGUAGUGACUGAAACAAGAUACCAAGCAACCCCAUCACCCCUUGUUGACACUGAACGCGGAAGAUUUAAGACACCUUCGUACAGUAAUAAUGGUAAAUCCAAGUUGUCUGGUUACUCGGAUUAUAGUGUAAAGAAUCAAAAUUUUGUAGAAUAUUAUCAACCAGUUGUUCAGGAUAUCGAUGAGAAUGGUAAUGCUCAUGAUUAUGACAGUGGAGUUUACAAAAUUGAUGAUAAUCAGGAUUAUGAGGUAAGACGACCGUACAAGGUUGGUGCAAAACCUUAUAAACUAGAGAACACUGACAGCUAUGAAAUAAGCGAGGAUGUUGACGAGGGAGAGGAUAAACAAGUACCAACAACUCCUCAAGCACCCAAACACUUUCAACUUGCUGAAGGCUUCAUCAGUGAGGCCCUCAAUAUUCCAACAAUGGCAAUCAAGUAUGGGGCUACCAGGGGAAAGCCCGGUAUCGAUUAUCCAGCUUAUGCUGUUAUACCAGAGACUAAUUUCAAUUGCAAGGAGCAGAGGUACAAGGGAUUUUUUGGCGAUCCAUCCACUGGAUGUCAAGUGUGGCAUUAUUGUGACUUGAACGGCGGGAAAUCCUCUUUUCUCUGCCCAAAUGGCACAAUAUUCAGUCAACAAGCGCUCACCUGUGACUGGUGGUUCAAUGUCAAGUGUGAAUCAACAACCCAGCUAUACGUACUCAACGAGAGACUAUACAAAUUUAUUCUACCAAUUAUGCCCAAGUUUCCGGAGGAUUUCAGUGGUCCAGAAGUGGAUCGUUACCUCGAGAUGAAAUUUCAGGAGAUGGAGGCGAAAAUGAAAGCUAAGAAAUUGAAAAAGGCUAUGGAGAAAAAGAAGCAGGAGAAGACAACGAUGAGCACUGUCGAAUAGUGCUGAGUAGUUGAGAAAAUAUAACAGGGGCCAAUAGUGGAUCUUGUUUCAUGUUUCGUUGCCAUCAUUAUCAUUCUCGUAAAUUCAUUCGUAAAUUUGCUUUUUUCUUUUCACUCCAUUGAGUGAAAAGUACAUGAAAACGGGUAUGUCAAAUUAAUCAAUAAGUAUUUUUCUAUUUCUCUAGUCAUACUUAUAUUUGUUUACUCUCUUUAUUAGUUUUAUGAGACUGUACUUGAUCCACCCCUUGAACUGCGCUAUUCAGUACCUAACGAUUAUCUAUUGAUCGAUUAUCUGUUGAUUGAGAGCAAUGGUUGGAUUCUUUGUAUUUCUCGAUUUUAGGUAUUCAUCUCGGUGGUGGGUAGUAAUUUCUCAUUUCUUAUUGGAAAUUUGAGGACAAUCUUUAAAUUUUCUCUCGCGAUAUUUCGGGGAUAAUCUAAGGAAGAAUGGUCCGGGACGAUAGGGUAAUCACUCAUGAAACUUUGUGCAGAAUGAAAGUGGCUAAAAUAUCUAAAAUUUUCUUUUUCAACUAAAUUGCAUGGAAAAAAUGUGUGAACAGGGACAUACCAUUUUUAAAAAAAUUUCAUAACUAAAUAGUAACACUUGUCGAUAGAGCAGUUAAUAAUUCUUAAAGGACGACAAAGAAAUUGGAAAUUUUUUUAAUAAUAAAACCUUCACAUUCUACCCACAAGUAUUCAAAGAGUGAAUACCCCCUCGAUCUCAAGUAAAAUCCAGACCUUUUCAUGUGAACAGUACCUAAUAUUUGUAAGUGUCAAAAUGCUGAUGUUAAAUGGAUUAUUUAUUAUCAUUUUUCUACUUUUUUCCUUCAUUAACUUGAUAAUUAACGAAGAUAUUUUAGAAUUUCUCACCCUAACAGAGCAAUUAAAACCCUCCGCGUUAUUAUUGUUCAAUUAGUUGAUUAAUUCUUAUCACUCACCUUUUUGGAGUCUCUCGUGAAGAGUAAGGUGUCUCCCAAGUUGGCGUAGGCUUUCUUGAACUCCUCGAGGAUCUGGAGAUUCUGAAAAUAUAAUUUAAAUCACGUUAAAUCAAUUUUUAUGGCAUUUUUUUGUUGAAUAAAAUAAGCAAAGAUGAA